AUGGAUGACACUGAUGGCAGCGAAAAGCUCAUAGAAGUGCUGAAAACUGCAUCUCACAAUGGGCUCAUCCAUCGAGGCCUUCUUCAGAAACUAUUGAAGCGCUUGUCCAUCAAUGCAUUGGAAUUCGAAAUGCUCUUGGCUGGCAUGGAUGGAGGUGAAGCUGAUGGGAUUGAUGUGGCAUGCUUUGUGAGUUUCAUUUUCUCAGAGGCCGAGCUUGAGUUGAAAGCAUCAGGCCUGGGAAAGGGCUUAUCGCCGUCUUUUGCAACAUGUGUUGACUUUGCUGAUGCAGUGGAGGCCGUUCGCAGAAGGGUGUCGUUUGAUGAAAUGAAGGCUGAAAGGGAGCUGCCUCUGGCACAUCGAGACCAUCGCCUAGCAUUGCACCGAACGCUGACACCAGGUCGCAUGCCGACCUUGAGGCAGCUCGAAGAUAUCUCAGACGGCGAUAGAGAAUCCGUGGAGGACCAGGAUCCAGUUGAACCCCUACUCUCCAACAUUUCCAACUUUGGGCAGCCAGAGUUGGACGACUCCAUGGAUGACUGCAGUGAUGUGGAGGAAUUAGAACCUGCCGCUUUGCUCACUCGGCGCGGAGGCGUCUCUGCUGUACCGACAGGGGCCUUCAACGUGCGUUUUGUCAACUGGGUAAGCCCACACUUCGAGAAGCAGAAAGAGCAUCAUGAAUUUCUGCUGGCUUCCUUAGUGAAGUGCCCUUUCUUUAUGGAACUGGAUGAUGAGAUCCUGCAGGCUUUGGUUGAUACUAUGGAGAUUGAAGAGUUCCAGCCAUUUGACUUUAUUUACAAGAAAGGUGAUGUUGGCCGAAGCGGUUAUGUGCUGCUCUCCGGCAUGGCAAUUGCGGAAACUGAUGCAGCAGAGGCAAACAAUUUACUGAAGCGUUCUUCUCGAAACGAGAUAAAUAUUACUCCAGGAGACUUCUUUGGUGAGCACACAAUGUUGUGGGGCUUCAGAAGGCGAAUGAACGUUCGAACUUUGACGAAGACAGUUGUUGGAAAGAUGAAGCGUGAUGUAUAUUUCAAUGUUGUCACUCGCUCGGCCAUGCACGAACGAAGCAAACGAGAAAAGUAUUUGCGAACUGGUGUGCCUAUGUUCGAGACAUUCGAUGAUGAAUGCAUCGCCAAGAUUGCAGAUAUCAUGGAGAAGCGGAGCUUCCGGCCUGGAGAAAAUUGUUCAGCAAGGCGAUGA